UCAAUCCUACACAAUUGCUGCAAGUGAACGCUUGCUGCCAGCACGGGACAAAGGCCUCGACCUUCACUUCAACUUCACGCGCUCGAACCCGCUUUCCGCACUCCCACCGGCCACCGCCCAAAACUCCGGCUCAUCGACGGCAAGCGCGUUCUGCUGAAACCCACGCCGAAGCUUGAUCACUCGAGCCACGUUCAGCUUCCAUCACCAACCACAUCCGAUCAACGGUCGCCAGUGAUAUCACUGAGGUCACCGGGCUCGUGCGCGCCAACGGUCUUGUCCACCCAACGACACACCGCACCAACGCCUUCCACGCUUGACCAACUUCGCCCAUUUAUCGUUUGUAGGACCAACUGAGCAGCCGCGCCUCAGCUCCUGCUUCUCCAACACUCGCGCCACCUACAACUUCCGACAUCUUCUAUAAGCAUCAACGGAAACACUAUUCAAAGCGACUGCAGCCCGCAGCUUCACUCAGAGGCAGAACCUAGCAAAAUGCCGAGUUUCGACGAGACUCCUUCGCCCAAGGGCAGGCUUCUUCUCGUCUCGAAUCGUUUGCCCAUCACGAUCAAGCGUUCCGAUGAGGGCCACUACGAUUUCUCAAUGUCUUCCGGCGGUCUGGUAGCUGGUCUGUCAGGUCUUUCCAAGAGCACCAAGUUCCAAUGGUAUGGCUGGCCCGGUGUCCAAGUGCCGGAGAAUGAACUCGGCCAUGUGAAGCAGCGACUGUUCGACGAGUACAGUGCGGUGCCUAUUUUCAUGGAUGACGAACUUUCUGAUCGCCACUACAACGGCUUCUCAAACAGCAUCCUCUGGCCACUUUUCCACUACCACCCAGGUGAGAUCACCUUCGACGAGUCUGCAUGGGAUGGCUACGUGGAAGCCAACCGCAUUUUCGCCAAGGAGAUCGCGAAAGAUGUCCAGGAUAAUGACUUGGUCUGGGUUCAUGAUUACCACCUGAUGCUUCUUCCCGCAAUGCUGCGGGAGGAGAUCAACAAGGGGGGACCAAACAAGAAGAAAAACGUCAAGUUCGGCUUCUUCCUCCACACUCCAUUCCCAUCCUCCGAAAUCUACCGCAUCUUGCCUGUCCGCAACGAAAUUCUUCAAGGCGUUCUGCACUGCGAUCUGAUCGGCUUUCACACAUACGACUACGCUAGGCACUUCUUGUCAUCAUGUGCACGCAUCCUGGGACUCGCCACCACUCCAAACGGUGUCGAGUUCGGAGGAAAGCUAAUCACUGUCGGCGCCUUCCCGAUCGGUAUCGAUCCAGACAAGUUCGUACAGGGUCUGCAGAAAGACAAUGUCAUUCGGCGGAUAGAGACACUCAAGAAGAAGUUCGAUGGUGUCAAGAUUAUUGUUGGAGUUGAUCGUCUCGACUACAUCAAGGGUGUCCCUCAGAAGUUGCAUGCUCUCGAAGUCUUCCUGACGGAGCACCCGGAGUGGAUCGGCAAGGUGGUACUUGUACAGGUCGCUGUGCCAUCAAGACAAGACGUCGAAGAGUACCAGAACCUCCGUGCGGUGGUCAAUGAGCUUGUCGGUCGCAUCAACGGCAAGUUUGGCACCAUCGAGUUCAUGCCAAUCCACUUCAUGCACAAGUCCGUCAGCUUCGACGAGCUCACGGCACUCUACUCAAUCAGCGACGUAUGUCUGGUCAGCUCCACUCGUGACGGCAUGAACCUGGUCUCCUACGAGUAUAUCGCCUGUCAGCAGCAACGCCACGGCUCAUUGAUCCUGUCGGAAUUUACUGGUGCCGCACAGAGCCUCAAUGGCGCCCUGGUUGUCAACCCAUGGAACACCGAGGAGCUCGCCGAUGCCAUCCACGAUGCCGUCACCAUGGGCGAUGAGCAGCGCACGAUGAACUACCAGAAACUGGCCAAAUAUGUCAACAAAUACACCUCGGCCUGGUGGGGCGAGAGCUUUGUGACAGAACUCACUCGCAUCUCAGAGCAAGCUGAGAAGAAACUCCGGGUCCGCCGCACUAGUACUCUGGAUCCUGCAGGAACGGCCAACGACCACGACCUCCCGGACGGAGCCAAGAAGGAUGAUUCUAGUCAGCCUGCGAUUGCGGACUCGCCUGGUGAGAGCCAGACUGUGAACGCGACCGAGAAGGAGACUAAGUAAGAAUCUUCCACCCCCAUCACCAUCUAUCCUGUCCCACUCUAGUGUGCUGGCCCUUUCCCAUCCUUGAAUUCAUCAAGUGCCCUGCUGGCUUAACGAUGACUGACCUGUGCCUCUUUUUCCUUCUGCAUAGGGAUGAGUAUGAGGAUGAAGACGAUGAGGGUCUGGUGAUGAGGGUCAAGCCGAAGAGUCCUCAAUAGUCUGUCUUCGCGAAUACGACUGGGGUGAUCUUGGUACGUCAACAAUAGUGCGCACAACACGAGUUUCGGCGGCAUUAGCGAGGGAGAAGGUUUCGGCGUUGAUGGUAGAUGGGUCAUAGAGGCUUGCGAGGGCGAGAACUACAAACAGGCAGGAACCUGGCAGCAAUACGUUCCUCACUGAAGUGAAGCAGCACUGAUAGAGAAUUCAGUCCAAUAAAUGUACUUAUGGUAUGCAUGAUGACUUAUG